AUGGACCAACAAGCCAAUGAUCAACAGGAACAACAUCCAGGUUGCAUCGAAUUAAUUCGAUGUAUCGAACCUACAACCAAACAACGAAAUGAUUUUCAAUAUGUACCACACUUAGAAAUAAACAAAGAGGCACAAGAAAUUAUAUCAGAACGAUUUAAAUCGCCAAUAUCAAUUGUCGUCUACGUUGGAAAUGUGGGUGCCGGUAAAAGCAAGCUGGCGACAUUAACGGUGGAGACUUUACAGCAAGAUCGGUCGAAUCCUCCAUUACGGACAUUUCGUAGUGGUGCGGGUAUCAGUGGUGUUACUCAUGGUGUUUGGAUGUGGCAUGAGCCAUUGCAGCAUCCUGACGAAACUAAAGAAGGUUCAAUAUUAUUGUUAGAUUGUGAAGGAAUGGGUGAUUUAGAUGAAAAUACAAGUGCCAAGUUAUAUUUGUUUUGUAUGAUUAUCAGUACAGCAUUUGCCGUCAUUCUUCGUCCAGCUCGCGUUGAUCAUUUGCAAUGUGAUCGCCUUUAUAAUGCUUUAAAGCGUUGCGAAAAUAUGGGUACACCCUUCAUAUUACCGAAUCUAUGGUUAGUACCAUUGGAUAUGCCAGAAUUUGUUUACAGCGACCCGAAAAGGGGCGAUAUUAAGAUUACAAAAGAACAGUGGUUACAACAAGUAUUCAGCGUGAGUUCCAAUGCAUUAUCAACAAACGAAAAUCAAUUAUUAGCAUCACGCUAUGAAUAUAUUACUCGGCAGUUACCACAAAUUGGUGUUGUUAAUCUUGAUUAUCUACCACGAUCAUUGAUGAACAAUAGUGAAACAUUAGACACAUACACAUUACUACGAUCAUCUCCAGAAUAUUUUGAGUCAUUGAAAGCAGCCAUUUAUCAAUUGUUAUCACAUAGUGGAAAAAGGUUGCCAGGAAGUGGUUCAGAUCUUCUCUUUGUUCGUCCAGCCGAAUUAGCAGCGCUAAUGGGUGAAUUAAUCGAUGUUCUCAAUAAUGAUAAAAUGCCUAAUCCUGAUGCAUUAAUCGGCCGAUAUUUAUUAACACGUUUUACAGAUCAAAUUGUGGAACAACAAAUGGCUCAAUUUAAAGAAGAGAUACUGGCGGAUACUGAACAUGUACUUUGCUCUCCUAUGCGUAAACAACACACGCCAGAAACACCAGAUGAACUAAAUGCAACCAAUACCAAAAUGAGAGAUAUACGCAAUCGUUUAAUAACAAAAUAUCUCGGUACAGUGGUCGGUUUAGCACGAUAUCAAAUCUAUGGCCUUGAUUCAAACCUAUCCGAAGGUUAUGACAAUGUGGAUCAACAAAAACAGGCUUUACUAGGCUUACCAAAAUUAGUACAAGAUGAAUUGAUCAAUCUACAAGCACAAAUGAAUAGAUACCAAGAACCGGAAUUGUUGAUCGAACAAACGCGAACAACUUUAGCCGUCAAAGAUUUACAUCGUCAACAACAAGAAGAACGAACAUUGUUGGAAGAAAUUAAGAAAAAAUUAGAAAAUAAACGAGACCUUGUGUUUCGUCAAAAGCGAAUCAAUAUUUCAUUGAAAAAUGCAAAUUCAGUGAGAGUUGGUCUUGCACCGUGUUCGCAAUGCGGUCGUGUAGGUGGUGCUGUUAAUAUUACUCAUCCAAAACAAGAUUGUACUUCCCACCGUACGGGGAACUAUUAUUAUUAUCAUAAUGAUAAUGAUCGAAUGGUUUGUGAUGCGUGUAGAGAAAUAAAACAAAUAUCAACUACAGGUGUCGAAUGUAGCCGAUGUGGAGCAGCACGAAAAGUCACACGAUACUUCUGA